AUGGAUAAAAAUGAAGAAUCGAUCUUCACAUCCCAGUUUUGGAGGGAGAUAAAUGAAUAAUAUUUCAUUGUCCAAUCUCCAGUUCAUAUUACAGAUAUCGAUAUUCCUAAAAGCAAAUGUAUUAUCAUUGUUGAUUAGAAUAGCUAGAAAUUGCUAAAAAUCAAAAAGUCUAAAUCUCUUAAGCAAGAUUGUUAGAUAGAACAAUCGAACUAAGCUAUUUUAAACAAACCUAAAUAAUUUAAAAACAAGAGUAUAAUUGCUUUUCCUUCAAAGACAAUUAUCGAAAGAACCAAUUUAAAAUUUAAUGGAUGAAAUGAUAGACUAAAUUUGUUUUGAUCAUUUAACAGCUGGAUUAUAAGAAGCUCAAAAAUUAAUUAUGAAUGUCUCACAUAAUCAAGAAUCAUAACAAUUACAAAUAUAUAAUCAAGAAGCAAAUUUAUUAUCAAAAUUAAUGUAUCAAAUUGAUUGUCCUGAUGAAUUAAGUAUCCAAAUAGAGCAACAUCAAUAAUAACUUAAUGAAUUAACAAUCUAUAAUAAAGAUCAAUUAUAAAAGUAUUUACUAUUCCUAUUUAUAUUAGUUUAGAAUAACACACAAAUUAGAUAAACUUAACUGUAUUGUAUACUUAUAAUAGCUAAUAAAUUGGAGAAUAAAAAUUGAAAUUGACAAGAAGUAGAAUGACAAAUCAUUAAAAUGAAUUAAAUUCACUAAAAUAACUUAUAAUCUCCUUACAAGAUUAUUAAGUAGCUGAGAGUAUUGGGAAAGCAACCUUUAAUGAAGACAGUAAUUAUUAUAUUGAUCUUUAUUAGAUAAUACAGUUUGUGUUAUCUUUGAUAAGUACUUGAGUCAAACUCCAAUCCCUUUAAGUUUAGAGGAUUUCGGUAAUCUUCAAAGAUUGCGAGAAUAACCAUUUGAUUUAAAUACUCAACCAUGUUAACUUAGAUCUGAUGUAAAUCUAAGAGUAUUAGUAUAGAAUGUUUUUGAAAUGUAAAUGUGUCAUUAUUGCAAAUAAAUGGUUGAAAUCAAAAAUCUCAAAUAGUGUCAAUAUAAUCAUUAUUCUAUGGGUUUGCAUGAAUACAACGAAGAUUUAUUAAUUUGUUAAAGAUAUUAAAUUAAUAACAAAUAAACGCAAUAAUAUUUUCUAGAUUUAUAUUCUGAGAAUUAUAUAAUUGAAGGUAUAUCAUUAAUUAAAUCUUAGAUUAAUAAAUUCUUUGCCAAAGAUACUUUUGUUUGAAAUGUUUGAAAUAUGAUUUUGACUCUUAUGAAUUAAAUUCUUAUUUAUGGAUUUGUCCUUUGUGCAAAGUACUAUAUAAUUAAUAUACAAAAGGGUCUAUGCACUUGUUUAAGAUGUUCAAGAAAUGAUAUGAUUUACAAGUUAAAAAGACAAUUCCUAGAGCUAGAUGGAGAUUUAGAAGACAUUUACAAAUAGUCCUAUUUGGAAAUUUUAGUAAAAGACAAAAGAUAGCAGUUGCAAAAUAUACCAUUUUUAGACUUUCUUAAAAUUUCAAAAAAUGAAUAUGAAAAAACCAUAUCCAAAAAGAUUAAUUUGAGAUAAACUCAAAUCAAUUCAAUAAAGAAAAAUAUCAAAAAAGACAAUUCAAAAAUAGUUAAAAAAUUUCAUAAGCUUUAUCAAUAAGAUAGUUCAUCAUCAUCAAUAAAAAUAAAGAGAUCUAAAGAAACAACUUAGAAUACAAUUAGUAGCCUAGAUUCAAUUAAUUCACAAGUGUUUAUCUAAUGA